AUGAAGAUCGAGACGUUCCUCUGCACAGAACUGAUCAGAUUUCCUCCGACGUUCCCAGAAAUGUCCCACGCUUGUUUUUCUGCCCAGAGUAAAUCACCUUUAAUGCUCACCAAGGAAUCCCACCCGGGAACAAGGAGAGGGAGCAGACCUCACAAGGAGCCUCACAAGGAGCCUCACAAGGCUCCUCACAAGGCUCCUCACAAGGCUCCUCACAAGCUUCCUCACAAGGAGCCUCACAAGGCUCCUCACAAGGCUCAUCACAAGGAGCCUCACAAGGAGCCUCACAAGAAGCCUCACAAGGCUUCUCACAAGGAGCCUCACAAGGAGCCUCACAAGGCUUCUCACAAGGAGCCUCACAAGGCUCCUCACAAGGAGCCUCACAAGGCUUCUCACAAGGAGCCUCACAAGGCUCCUCACAAGGCUUCUCACAAGGCUCCUCACAAGGCUUCUCACAAGGCUCCUCACAAGGCUUCUCACAAGGAGCCUCACAAGGCUUCUCACAAGGCUUCUCACAAGGCUUCUCACAAGGAGCCUCACAAGGAGCCUCACAAGGCUUCUCACAAGGCUUCUCACAAGGCUCCUCACAAGGAGCCUCACAAGGCUUCUCACAAGGAGCCUCACAAGGAGCCUCACAAGGCUUCUCACAAGGCUCCUCACAAGGCUUCUCACAAGGCUUCUCACAAGGAGCCUCACAAGGCUCCUCACAAGGCUUCUCACAAGGCUUCUCACAAGGCUUCUCACAAGGAGCCUCACAAGGAGCCUCACAAGGCUUCUCACAAGGAGCCUCACAAGGCUCCUCACAAGGCUUCUCACAAGGCUUCUCACAAGGAGCCUCACAAGGAGCCUCACAAGGCUUCUCACAAGGCUUCUCACAAGGAGCCUCACAAGGAGCCUCACAAGGAGCCUCACAAGGCUUCUCACAAGGCUUCUCACAAGGAUCCUCACAAGGAGCCUCACAAGGCUCCUCACAAGGAGCCUCACAAGGAGCCUCACAAGGCUCCUCACAAGGCUUCUCACAAGGCUCCUCACAAGCUUCCUCACGAGGAGCCUCACAAGGCUCCUCACAAGGAGCCUCACAAGCUUCCUCACAAUCCCCCUGUCGGAGCGUCGUCCUGA